AUGGCUGGUUUUACCCAAACAAUUUGGAAUUCAGUUCUUACAGCAGCUUCUAUCGUUGCUAUCAUCAGUACAAUUGUUGCAUGGAUAUAUGAUUACAAACAGAAAGCUUAUCCAGUCAUAAUUAUCUUCUGUCUUGUUUUAAUUUUCUUUGUUUUAAUUGGAAUCGUCCAAAUCAUUAAUAACUAUCUUACUGUUAAGGCAUUUACACUCCUUGAUGAAUAUUACGAGAACAAAUCCUUGUAUCAAGAGAAUCAGCCUGGAUUCAUGAAAUGUUAUUUCAUGGCAACGCGAGGAUUAGUUUGUGCACAUCCCAGCGUCAUCGGGUGCGAUCAUAUGCACAAUAUGCUGCAGUUAUACCCAAAGAAUGUCAACGCCUGGGUAUUUUUCGCAAGAAUGUUGGCAGCAUUUCCAGAAGAAAACAAUAAAUUGUUAUGGGUUGACGACCAAAUAAGACAUUUACACGCCCAUAGCAUUUACAUGAGCCAUUUGAAGGCACAAAUCAUGUUUUUGGCCAGAUCUCGUGAAACUGCUAUGACACAUACCCUCAAAAAGAAGGUUAAUACACUCCAAAAGGACAUACAGUCUACAAAGAACAAACUGAGGCACUUCUGGGAGUGCGUUAUCCAAGGAAAUACUGAUGAUCUGGAAAUAGCUUCAGCAGCAGCCAGAAAAUCAGUAGAAAAGACAGAAUCUAACAUCAACCACCUCAAUAGGAUAUAUAGAAAUAACCAAUAUGUCGCUCGUUUGUAUUCUAGAUUCUUAAUUCACGUAAAAGGUAACAGAAUCGCAUAUAACGAGUGGCAUUCCAACAUUGAGAAGCUGAAGAAUGGUCAGACAAUCGUUCCAGACUACGCACAGAUGGAUACAAUCCAACUUUUCCCUUUAAUUUUGAAUUCAACUACACAGCAAUCGAAUACAGAGAUGAUUGGUGGAUUAUUUGGAGAAUCUACAAGUAUGCCAUCCAUUUCAUCAUCAAGUUGCCACGUAAUUGACAAUGAUGAGGAAGAAAAUAAUUUAUUGUUGACAAUUAAGAACUCUGUUACCACGAUGUCCAUUCCUUCCAUCAGGAAAAGUAUCAUUAUGAUAACUAUUGUCUCUCUUCUUAUCUGUGUCCUGUUUUUCCCGAUUAUGGUUACAAUUUUCGUUACUCUUUCGACCAAAUCCUUCUCCAAGAUCGCUAUUAUUUCCAAUUGUUCCCAGAUCAACACAGAUAUCACCCACAUGGUCAUUCUUUCCCUCUCAAAUUUGGUCCAAUCCGCCGAAUACUAUCCAACUUUCCCAAAGUACUUACUGAAAUUGUACAUGGAGCAGAAUGCUACUUCAAUGGGCGGUCUCACUGAUCAACCAUCGAUGUUGAAAUAUAUUAUUGCAGAUUCGGGUGAUAUGAUCACCAAUAUCCGCAAACUCAAUGACAUGAUGGAUGAAAGUGAAGAACUCGCCAAAGCGCAAGCACUUCUCUUCCAAAACGUCCUUUCAGUAGAGACAAGUCGUAGUUUAGGCGGAGCAGGAACAGGCAGAGGUGGCGGAAGUGGCGGAAGAAAUAGUACUCGACCUGGCGGAAAUAGUACUCGUCCCAGUGGAAAUUGGAAUUCAAGAAAUCAAUGGGUAACCAACAAUUACAGUGCAGAAACAUUAAUUGUUUCAUUGGGAUUAGAUGCAAGUACAUUAGUAGAUACCAUGAAUGAAUCAGAAGCCAAAGAGUAUCUACAGAGUAGUACAUUAGGUAACAAUAACAGAUUCCUUGCUGCAAUAUAA